AUGGGCGACAAGUCUACCCUUACAACUACUGAAGCCACUAGUCUCAAACCCCUUCACCCAGUUUACACAGUAUCCAAUAUUCAAAACAAAGUUCGUACCCUUGAUGGUACCAAAGUGUCGUAUGCCUUAUGGGUAAAACUUUUUACCCUUCAUGCUAAAGGAUACAAUGUGCUCUGUCACAUCGACGGUACGCCGUCCCCUGCCAAAGAGUCCGCCGACUUUGCCGCAUGGGAGAACGUAGACUCCAUUGUGUUGCAAUGUAUCUAUGGUACUCUCUUGGACGACCUCCUCGUUCAAGUUAUGGCCGAUGAAUCCACCGCCUUGGAUGCUUGGAAACGGGUCAAACGCUUUUUUGUGAAUAACAAAGGGCCCCGAUCACAAGCCAUCCAACAUGAACUGGCUAACCUUACCCUAGCCUCCAUACCGAGCCUUGACGAGUAUAGCCAAAAAGUUCGUGACUUAACCGACCAACUUCAUGCACUCGAUUUUCCAAUGAACGACCAGUAG